UUUGUUUAAGCUUGAGCUUCGAUUCAAUUCGCAGGGGUCCCCAAAAUUUGCGUAAAUGCUUCGCUAUUUGUUACUUUGUGUGCUGAUAGCGCCCGAAGUAUUUAGUAAAGCUGAAUGUGAAUACAGAUGGUUUCAAUGCACCAGCAACACAAGACCCAUAAAUUGCGAUGCAAAGGUGAACGAAGGUUGGAUUAGGUUGAGUAAGCUGUGCGAUGGCAUCUGGGACUGUGACGAUGGCAGCGAUGAGUCCAUUAUGGCUUGCAAACUGCAUCCGUCCCUCCAGCUUGAUUAUAAUUUAUAUUGCGCCAGCGGAGCAGCAUUUGCAAAUAAUCAACGUUGCGAUGGCAGCAGGGACUGUUGGGAUGGAUCGGAUGAGCUUGGUUGUAAUGAUCUUACCGACGACGAUCCUCCACAAAAUACUUGCAGGGAUUUGGAAAUGGAAUGCCAGCCAGGUGAAUGUAUAUCCGUGGAGUUGUUGUGCAACCAUCAAGUUGACUGCAGCAAUGGUCGAGAUGAGUCCCUUCUGCAAUGUUUUGAGGAAUGUCAGGUAAACCACUUUCAGUGUGGCUAUGGAGCUUGCAUCAAAAACGAUCUGCUCUGUGAUAACAAGCCCGACUGUCUGGACGGGGCGGAUGAGCUAUGGAAUGUGUGUGAGGACAUUAAAGGUUAUAAGCCAACGCCAUAUCGCAAUUGCAGCGAACCAUGGGGAAAUUUAACACCGAAAUUUGAUAGGGAUACCAAAUUUCAUGUGGCUCGCGGCCAAAAAUAUGUGUGGCCCAAUGAGCCAGUGCACUUUACGUGUCGAUGGGCAAAGCUGAUUGGCUCGGAAUGGAAUGUGUGCCAGUUAGAUGGCACUUGGCAUAAGCCAUUGCCGAAAUGUGUAUUUAAUAAACGAAACUGAACAUUAUAAACGCAAUGCGAAUAUAUAAUAAGA